AUGGCGGCCCCCAUGACUUGGAGGAGACUAGUGUACUCUGUUUACACUCCGGCUCUCUCUGGAAUUUUCUCUAAAAUUUCAGACAGAUUCUUUAGGACUCGUGACAGAAGAAGAGGGUCCUCACUCCUGCUCCUGGCACCUCUUCUGGCAGAUACAGACCCUUUGGUGUCCAGACGGCCGAGCUCUGCCGAGGGCCUCUAUAGUCGCUUCCACUGGAUUGCUGACCAUGUGCCCGCAUUCCGAGUUCCAGGGGGACGCAUACACAUCCUCCACUCCCCCGAUGAGUUCUAUCAGGCUAUGAAGGCACGAAUCAAGACAGCCAAAAAUCGGGUAGUGAUUGCAUCCUUGUAUCUUGGCACAGGACCACUAGAGCAAGAGCUUGUUGAUUGUAUGGAGGAAGCACUCACACGCUCUCAGGAAGAAUCCGCGAGUGAUUUAAAAGUGUCUGUACUACUUGACUACACAAGAGGAUCUAGAGGAAAAAAUAACUCUCGAACGAUGCUGUUGCCACUGCUGCAGCGUUUUCCAGAGCAGAUGAGGGUGUCUUUAUAUCACACUCCAGACUUGCGUGGGCUUCUUCGCCUCCUAGUGCCUGAACGCUUUAACGAAACUAUUGGAGUACAGCAUAUCAAAGUUUACCUAUUUGACAACAGUCUCAUCAUCAGUGGAGCUAAUUUGAGUGACUCGUACUUCACUAAUCGUCAGGAUCGUUACGUGCUUUUAGAGGACUGCCAGGAGGUGGCUGAUUUCUUUUCAGAGUUAGUGGGAGCGGUGGCUGACGUGUCGCUGCAGCUUGCAUCUGAUGACAGCGUUCACAUGAUGGAGGGAAUGGUACACCCUUACAAAGGUAAUCGAGUAGAAUUUUCAACUUCAGCACAGCGGCGAAUUAUGGGAGUAAUGAAUUCAGCCAGGACACGAGAACACAUGCUAGAGCUCGAUUCCAACUCAGAUGUGGAAUGUGAGGAAGAGCAAAGUGACACCUGGGUAUUCCCACUUGUGCAGAUGAAACCUUUGGGAAUUCGUUUGGAUGAGCAUGUAACACAGAGACUGCUGAUGGAGGCAGAUGGAGAUUCCACAGUUUACCUAACAUCAGGCUACUUUAACCUAACACAAACCUACAUGAGGCUAGUGCUGGGAGCUGCAGCAGAUUACCGGAUCCUCAUGGCCUCACCAGAGGUCAAUGGUUUUUUUGGGGCCAAAGGUGUGGCAGGUGCCAUUCCCGAAGCUUAUGUUCAUCUUGCUCAUCAGUUCUAUAGGAAGGUGUGUGAGAUGGAUCAACAGGAUCGGGUCCACCUACACGAGUACCAUCGGCCUGAUUGGACUUUCCACGCCAAGGGACUGUGGUACUACCUGGAAGGAAACGACCGUCCAUGUCUGACUCUUAUAGGCUCCCCCAAUUUUGGUUAUCGCUCUGUGCACAGAGACAUAGAGGCUCAGAUAGCCAUAGUAACAGAAAAUGAUGAACUCCAGACUCAGCUCCAACAGGAGCAAGACAUGUUGUACCAGAGGUCCACAGAGGUGUCAGGUUCCACUUUUAAGCAACCUAACCGCUAUGUGAAGCUAUGGGUGAAGUUGGUCACUCCUCUAAUUAAAAACUUCUUCUGAGGUACUGCAUUCCUGAUGUAUAGACUGAUGAUGUAUGGACGUAUCGUCCUUGGAAGGUUGGUUUCAGACAGGGUGUUCAUUACACUACUGGGGAGUCUACGCUCUUUACAUAAAAAAACAACAAAAAAACCCAACAUUGAUUCAUUCAUGAUGUGAUUAGCUAAUGAAGUGAAUCUGAUGGAAAACAGGAAUAUACUCCUGUUACCAUCAAUACCUCAAUUACUUGGACUUUGAAAGAGACCAUGAAUUGCAUUUGUGUAUGAGAAGACACAAAAAAGCAAUCAGCAUUUCUGUUGUGAUUUUGCAUUGUCUGAAAUAGUUCCAUUUUAUUUUCAAAGUUUUCCCGUAAAUAUAAAUGCACACAAGCUGGCAGACAGUGGGUUUUUAAGAAUCCGCAAUGUCACUGCAGUGGUUCCCCAAGCCCAAAUCCCGUCACAUGGCUGAGUGUAGAGUAGUGUGUCCAGACCGCAGCACAAACUUGGCCAUACGCUAUUCCAGUGCUGUCAGUCUUUAGAUGCUACGUUGUACUGCCAGUGACCUCUUUUAGCCCUCUGCCGAUAACAUCUGGAGCUGUUUUUUUGCAUGAUGUAUGAUUUUGAUCCAACAUGGCGCACAAAUAAAAUGCAAAUAUUGAAGAAUAUCCAGAGACAAAAACCUCUUUAUGUAAGAAGGAAUAUAUCACAUAAGCACAUAAACCCAUAACAACCGAAACAAGAAACUACUGAUGAAAUGGCAGCAUUUUAUAUUCAAUGCUGUUUGACUGCCCCCUGCUGAUUGGAAAAGGGAAUAUGUUGGUAAGAUUUUAACCAUUAUGGCAAAAAGAAAAGAUCAAGAAGCAAAUGAAUUUUACUGGAAAGAGCACAAAGAAGUAAACAACUAAAUAACAGAAUCAAGUUAACAUCACAUCAUAAAAACAAGUUUUUUCUCUGUGAAAUUAUACUGCCUUAGCACUUAGGAAGCAGGCAUACAAAAGCAAAGCACUUAGCUGGGUUCUCUGUAGUUUUUACAUUAAACAUGGGUUGGCCCAUACAUAUCUGCAUGUACAUAAGGCAGUCAGAUACAUUUUUUUUUUUGUCUCCUGGGGGGCAACAGAAAUGGCAUUAGCGGACAUUACUGGCAUAGCUGGUGUCAACUCCUUCAAAAGGGCAUCAGCAACUGCACCAGACUGGGUGUCCCAGUGAGCUCCUGUGAAAAUGUUUCAAACCAAAUUAAUGCUCAUAUUGUUUUAUCAAAUUAACAUUGAUGCAAUUCUUCCCAGGGUACUCUAGCCCCAAAUUUACAGUGGUGCAGGGAACCAGUACAGUCGUGAGUCAAAGGUUUUGAGAAUAACACAAAUAUUCAUUUUCACAAAGUCUGCUGCUUCAAUGUUUGUAGAUCUUUUUGUCAGAUGUUACUAUGAUAUCCUGAAGUACAAUUACAAGCAUUUCAUAAGUGUCAAAGGAUUUUUACACUGACAAUUACAUUAAGUUUAUGCAAAGAGUCUACCAUCAGUCUUGUGUCAUGCCUACAGUAAAUCCUGAGACCACUCUUGUGUGGGCUUGCUUCUCAGCAAAGGGAGUCGGCUCACUCACGAUUUUCCCUAACAACACAGCCAUGAAUUAAG